AUGGUCCUGGUCGUUACCAUGAGGACAACUUCAUACGUCAACUAUUAUGUGCUUUGUCUUGUCUGUUGGAUAUUACUCGGUAUCACCGGAGUAAGCACGAGAUCUCACUCAUUAGUGAAAAGAUACGCUGGCAUAUAUCAGGGUCCUUAUUUUGACGAACACAGUCUGAGAAAUUAUACUGCCCAAUUGGGGACAAAUGCUUUUCUUCCUUGCAAAGUGCGUCAGCUUGGCAACAAAUCAGUAUCAUGGAUCAGACGCCGAGACGCGCACAUAUUAUCAGUCGAUAGAACAAUGUUUAUAGCCGACGAGCGGUUUCAAACGAUAUACGCCGACGGUUCAGACACGUGGACCUUGCAAAUAAAAUAUGUCCAGCCCAGAGAUGAGGGGGAGUACGAGUGCCAGAUCUCAACGGAGCAAAAGAUGAGCCACGUCAUUUAUCUCAGUGUUAUCGUGCCAAAAAUAGAAAUCAUGGGUGACCAGGAGCGACAUGUGAAGACCGGAAGCACGGUGACCCUGCGCUGCGUGAUAAAGCAAUCAGUGGAGCCGCCAUCGUAUGUAUUUUGGUACCACGGAGAGAACCGAGUGCUGGAGGAUCCACGCGGGAAAUGGUCAAUAAACACGGCGGACAAAGAAAAGGAAAAAGACAAAGACAAAGACAAGGUAGUGGGAUUUGAGAGUAUCCUGACUAUCCACGAUGCCGGUCUUGAGGACUCGGGUAAUUACACCUGCAGUCCCAGUCAAUUAGACAAAGCAAGUAUUCACUUGCACGUGCUGAACGGCGAGCACCCGGCGGCUAUCCAGAGAGGAAUAAGCGCCGCGCUAGGAGGCUCCAGAGCGCUCUGGUGGCUCGCCGGUUGCGUCAGUUUAUCCUUUAAUCAGGGCAGACGUACUCUCGUCCUCCUCGUUCUCGUUAUCAUCCUCCUUGUCACUUAUCAGAGAUCCAUUCGUUUGGCCUACACCGUCACACGAUAA